AAUUUUUUUUCAGACGCAUCCUUUACAAUGGCAGUUCAGAUAGACAGAAAGGAGGACCCAGCACACUCAUUUAAAGAUGGAAGAACGUUUACUAUUAUGGACAAAUUCAGAUCAACUGAAAAAGUUGUGUUUGUCUGGAGUUUACAAGAUCUGAUCCAGCAAGGACGGGAUCUGAUCGGGUACGGGCAGGAGGAGGAGGUUUGGGUUGUACUUGAAGAAGAUGGAACAGAGGUUGAUGAAGAUGAGUAUCUUGAACUUCUACCUGAAAGAACUGCCCUUAUGAUUCUCUCCCGGGAUCAACUCUGGUCUCCAACCCUGACAACCCAUGGAUCCUGCUUCUUUGAGAAUGGCGAGAGUUUACCUGCCAGUUACCUCGCUUCUGCGUUGAUAAACCAUCUCAAGGCAAAUGUUCGUGUACAGUCAAAUUAUGGCGGGAAUAUUGAAGAAGACGACUUUCCAGUUCUGUUUGUCCAAGAGGAAGGGGUCAGUCAGCUGAAACUAAACUAGAAAUAUACUGCGGUCAUAGCAACAAUUACGUUUUUUUACAAAUUUAAUACAAAUAUUAGACAAGGAAUUAAUAAUGCAUGAAAAUAAAAUAUUCGUUUGUCCUCGAAAUCCACAGUUCUACAAAAAUAAUCACCAAACAAACACUUCAUUUUAUUACAAAUAUUCAUGUUAAUAAUAUAUGAUUUGAUUUGAUUUGAAAUAACGAGUUUUCAGCUACUAACAAACACAAAAAGAUUUUAAAAAAUAAUUAAUCACAAUUAUUUGUUUUCAUUAUGCAAAAUAAUUUAAUAGGAAUUUGAAUUUGCACAUCUUAAAAUUGGCAUAAAAAUAGAACUAAAAGACAUCAGUAUUCAAUUGCGCUUUUUUUGGUCUUUCCGAGUUUUAUGAAAAAUUUGAUCAAAUCUAAUCUAAAAAUAUGUAAAAUAUAUUUACUAUUAACAAACAGCUCAACUUUUUCCUCUCCGUUUAUUGGAGAAAGAUAUUGAACAGAUUACACCUUUUUUUCGAAAUCUGAUGAAAAAUUAUUUACUAUAAAUGAAGUUUAUGAACAUGCUUAACAUGUUUAUGGAAGAAACCUAAACUGCCAUAAAACAUAUAUUUGAUUAAUUCUAUAAUUAGAUUUAGAUCAUGACUUCUGUACAACAAAAUGUUGUGAAAAAUUUGCCAUUAGAAAAAUUUAGAAAAUACAAUAACUUAAAGUAGUUAUUGUCCAAGGAUAUCAAAAUAAAUUAAUUCAGUGUCCGAAUUUAAUGAAUUUGAGCCGCGUCUAAAAUCCGCCAAAAACAGGUUUCAAAUGAGCGCCGGCUUCAAUCUUGAAAUAAUGAAUAUGAUUUUAAGUGGAGCCAACCAAAUUCCUUAAAUUCGGCCUUAGUUUCAAUUUUUUUCUUUUCUUUUUAAGUUAAACCAUAGCUUCAGGGUUACUUACAAAGGAAGAGACUAUACAAAAUACUUUUAAUACUUAAUUAAAUGGACUGUUUGCGUAAUUUCAAUAGAAAACUAAAUUCACUUCAGGUUCUUUUUAGUUUCUAAUUGUCAUUUGCAUUCUCAUAUUUUGUGUAGAACUUUUCUUCAUUACUUAAAAAUUGAUUAUAACAAUUAAAUUUAUAAUUUUUUAACAAAACAGUUUUGAACCCAUGCACAAAUAUUAACCUGAAACUUUUUUUUAAAGAACAACAAAAAUUGUAUUGUAGUUAGAAAUUUUUGAAAACUUUUAAAUGUUUUGUUUCUUUUAUUUAUUCUUGUGAAACACACUGGUGCGUUAUUGUAAACAUAUAAUUAGAUACAAAUAAAAAUUAGAUCAAUCUU